GCUCUGGGCUCGCCGACUGGGUGCUCCAGUCUCUGAGCAGAGGAAUGCUGCAGGACUACGCGCGGACCGCGGUGGUCUACCACGCUGCUGCCGAUGACAAAGCCUCAGUGGAGCAGAUGGUCCGACAGCGCGAGCCCUGCAACGUCGGCAUGGAGAGGCGCUACGACCCAGACGUGCUGGAGGCGAAAUUCGGGUACAGAUUCGGCGCUUAUGCGCAAAGCACGAAGGAAAAGUUGAUGCCAAACAUCGCCAUCUACUGCCGGACGCCACUGUAUGUCGGUGGUGUCAGCGUGGAUGUUCAUGUGAUCAACUCCGUGCCCUAUCUCUUCGAUGUGGCGUCCGAGCCGGACUACCGGUACUUCUUCCCCAUGGAAGAUGCCAAAUGGGCCGAACUCGUGCUGCGAAUGAAGCGGCUCUGGUCCAUCAUCUUCGAGUGCGCGCGGCACCUUAGUCUCAAAACCAUCUUCCUGCCAGACCUUGGAGGGAGCACCUCCUCAAAUCUGCUGGCGGCACCUCGAGACUUUGCCCGACUGCGAGAGGAGUCUCUGCCGGCUGUCCACGCCCUCUAUGCGGAGGUGCAUGUCAGACCCAUGCCGGAGCUCUCCUGGAUCUUCUCUGACGAGGGCAAGGCUGAGCUGUCGCAGAGUCUCUUCAUGAACGAGUGGAAUCCCUGGAGCUUCGUCGGUAAUGGCGGCGUCGAGAGUGCCUCCGGACUCGCCGCCGCAUCGGCGCUGCCUGUCCUAUGCUGGCCCAUGACGAAUCCGUUUCUGCGCUACCAGGCCGUCAGCUUCCCCUUCGAGACCGCAGACGUCGCGAAGACGUCCUCGGCAACUCCUGCAGAGGCGAAGCCGCCUCCAGUGAUUCAGGAGGCGAAGCCGCCUCCUCCUCCACCAGCGACCCAGCAGGAGCCGGCAGACCUUUUGGGCAUGGCCGUGGCGAACGGUGCCGCCAGCGAAGCGAGUGCCUCGCCCAAGGAGACGCCGGAGCUGCCUCAGCAGCAGCGGCAGGCGGCGGAUCUCCUGGAUCUUCAUGACCUGCAGGGCCCAGACCUCGGCGCCUUGCUGGGAGAUCAGCCGCAGCCGGUGCCGGCGCCGAACG